UAGUAUUUAUUAUAUUUUCAUGAUGAGCUUAACAAAUAAUGCAUUAGUUUUAAUAUUCUGACGGAAAAUGUCUGGACUGAAGCAAAAAACUCAACAAAAAUGGAAUUAUUGAUUUACGCUAGAAUUCUGAAUUGAUUUGGUUGAAAUACUACUAUGUCCUUAGCCUGUAAAGCUUCGGAUGUUAUAAAAAGUUAAAGGCAAUGUUACUCAGUAGUAAACUAAACUAAAAAUUAUCAUUGUUAUCAGUCCGAAGACUGGAGCAUCUCCACUCCUUCCUAUCCUGAGUCAAUCUUCGUAUUUAUCGAAAACUUUAGAGCUACCUUCGUAUCUUUCCUUCAUUUUAUUGUUUUUAUAUCUCCCUUGGCUCUUCUACACCCUUUCUAAUUUCCCCUUAUAUCUGAUAUAAUAAAUGUCUUUCUCUGUCUUUGUUGUAGGUGUCUAACUAGUCCUUCUUGUCUCAGAAGGUACCUUACUAUCCUAUUCUCAUUGAAUUUCAUUCCAUUCUUCUCCUACUCUCUAAUAUCUCCUCAUUUUUUAAUUUAAUCUGGAUGUUCUUCUGUACAUCUUUACUCCUGCUUCUCUGUUUCUUAUAUGCCUCUCACUUACUCCUUAUGCCUAAAAAAGUGUCCUAGCUUCCUUUGUUUCCCUUCUUCUUAAUGAAUUCCAUAACGGGAAGCGGUUCGCAGUUGUUAAAAAAAUUAUCAUUGUAUUUCUUUUUUUUUUUGUUUCCAGCAUACGGCUUAAGAUGUAUUAGUUGUAACUCAGUCAAAGAUCCCGAUUGUGCUAAUCAGCCCCCUCAGAAGUAUAGUGUCGAAUGUGCCCAUUUGGUUCUCAACAUAUACGACUCCUUCUGCCUCAAAAAAGUGACAAAAGACCGCGAUGGUAAAGAAACCACCGUUCGUAAAUGUUCAGCAGUUGAAAAUAAAGAUUUUACCAAUGAAUGUUCUGUAAAUCCUGGAACAGAGUUAGUUUAUUGUCAGGAAUGUAAGGACGAUUUGUGUAAUUCUGCAAACACGAAUCGCUUCACAUUCUUGGGAAUUAUGAGUGCAAUCUUAGUUUAUUUUGUCACUAAUCACUUUUAAUUUUCCGAUUUUUAUCAUAAUUUAAAAUUUAUAUAGCCUACUCUCAUAAUUAUUAAAAAUAUUGAUCUGACAUCGUAAUUUUAAAUAAAAAGUACCUCGAGAAUUAUUAGUUUUUAUUAUUGUUAUUUUUACAGUUUGUUUUUUUUGUUGUUAUAUAGACCUACACAUAUAUUUUUAUACAAAUGGUUUAUCUACUUUUAAUAAACAAUAAAUUACGUAACUUGCUGAAUGUAAUAGUACCUAAUUUUGAAUGCAUACAACACAAAUGUAGAAAGAAGUAAUAAUUGUUGUUAUAAAUUUCGGAAAAUGUAAUACGUAUGUUGUGAAAAAGUAGACUAAUAAAUUUUUGAACAAA